AGACCACACAAAGCAACUCAAGAAGAAAUGACAAAAUAUCACAGUGAUGAUUACAUCCGUUUUCUCCGUAGUAUAAGGCCAGAUAACAUGUCAGAAUAUAAUAAACAAAUGCAAAGAUUUAAUGUGGGUGAAGACUGCCCGGUAUUUGACGGAUUGUAUGAAUUUUGUCAGUUGUCUACAGGAGGGUCGGUCGCUGGAGCUGUUAAACUUAACAAGCAAGCUGCAGAUAUUGCUAUUAACUGGGCUGGUGGUCUUCACCAUGCUAAAAAGUCAGAAGCUUCUGGAUUUUGCUAUGUAAAUGACAUAGUUCUUGCCAUUCUGGAACUUCUUAAAUAUCAUCAGAGAGUUUUGUACAUAGACAUAGAUAUUCAUCAUGGUGAUGGAGUAGAAGAAGCUUUCUAUACAACAGACCGAGUAAUGACUGUCUCUUUUCAUAAAUAUGGAGAGUACUUCCCUGGAACAGGAGAUCUUAGAGAUAUUGGUGCUGGAAAAGGAAAGUAUUAUGCUGUGAACUUCCCACUUCGUGAUGGUAUUGACGAUGAUUCGUAUGAAAGCAUAUUUCAGCCUCUGGUAUCUAAAGUCAUGGAAAUGUACCAACCAAGUGCUGUGGUUCUUCAGUGUGGAGCAGAUUCUUUAUCAGGGGAUCGACUGGGAUGUUUCAAUUUGACCCUGAAAGGUCAUGGAAAGUGUGUAGAGUUUGUUAAGAAGUACAGCAUGCCCAUGCUCCAGUUAGGUGGAGGAGGCUACACAAUCCGGAAUGUUGCCCGCUGUUGGACAUAUGAAACCUCAGUUGCUUUAAACCAAGAUAUUGCAAAUGAACUUCCAUACAAUGACUAUUUUGAGUACUUUGGACCAGACUUUAAGCUGCACAUCAGCCCAUCAAACAUGGCGAACCAGAAUACUCCUGAAUACCUAGAGAAAAUCAAAACUAGGUUAUUUGAAAACCUGAGAAUGCUACCUCAUGCCCCAGGAGUCCAAAUGCAGCCCAUCCCUGAAGAUACAAUAGACCAAGAAAGUGAAGAUGAGGAUAAACAGGAUCCGGAUGAGAGAAUUAGUAUUAGAGCAUCAGACAAAAGAAUUGCUCGAGAUGAUGAAUAUUCUGAUAGUGAGGAUGAAGGUAAUGGGCGACGCAAUAUCCAGUCUCAUCGACCUAAAAAGAAACACAAAGGAGAAGAAAUUGGAGAUAUAGACAAAAGUGAUAAAGAAAAGGAGGGCUCUUUGAAAAAAGAAGAGGAAAAUAAAGGCAAGGAUGAGAAAAAACUUGAAAAUGCUGCUGGGAAACAAGAUGUUAAAAUUGAAACCCUAUAUGUUAUUGUAACAAAGUUAGUUACUUCAUUGUUUAUGUACUACAUUUUAAUGUUUGUUUUUACUUCACAGACUAGAACAAAGUUUUGACCCCCUGGAGGGAAUUUUGUGGAUAUCAUGAUCCAGGUUCGUUAGUGUCAUCACUCUCUGACAGUGUACAGUUGUUACAAAACUGUCAUUUUAAUACUUUUACUUGAAUUAUUUAAUAUACUUGUCCAUACUUUGUCAUUUUGUAGUGUUUUUCUGUAAUCUUUUUAAUAGACUGUUCUACCUCGGUAGGCAAGGUUUAGUGUGUUUGUGUGUCAAGAGAGUGAAAAAAUGAAAUUGUGUCCCAGAUAUGUGAAGUCAUCAUUUCUGUCUCAUUAUGAGAACCCAUACCAAACAACUGUCAUAAUAAAGUGUAUAUUUGGAA